UUUAUUUGAGUUCUCACGCUCCACAGAUUUUGGAGGUAGAAUAGCGUAUCGCCAUAUUUGCUUGCCAGCGAUCGGUUUUCAGAAUGACUGACGUGAAGUCAGACGAAGAUUGGAAGUCAAAACUCAAUCCACCUUCUCCGGAUAGGCGCCCCAGAACAAAAGAUGUUACCUCGACGAAGGGUCACACCUUUAGCGACUAUUACUUGAAGCGCGAGCUGUUGAUGGGGAUCUACGAAAAGGGCUUCGAAUAUCCCUCACCGAUACAAGAAGAGUCUAUCCCGAUUGCACUCGUCGGCCGCGACAUUUUGGCUCGAGCCAAGAACGGAACCGGUAAGACUGCCAGUUUCUUGAUUCCGGCGUUGGAAAAAAUAGACUUGAUGAAGAAGUGCAUUCAGGUGCUGAUACUGCUCCCGACGCGGGAGUUGGCUCUACAGACGUUUCAAGUGUGCAAAGACCUGGGAAGGCAUCUGACUGGCCUUCAAGUCAUGGUCACGACCGGUGGAACCGUUUUGAAGGACGACAUUGUUCGCCUCAGGAAGCCCGUACACGUACUGGUGUCUACGCCUGGUCGCGUUCAGGAUCUGGUAAAGAAGGGCGAGAUUAAGCUGAACAACUGCUUCUACAUUGUCGGUGACGAGGCCGACAAGCUACUUUCCGGCGACAUGCUCAGCAUCCUUGAAGACUUGUUGGACCGAUAUUGUUCCGCUCAACGCCAACUUUUGCUCUUCAGUGCAACAUUUCCGAUCACAGUGAAACCCUUCAAGGAAAAGUAUAUGAGGAACCCAUACGAGAUCAACCUCAUGGAGGAACUGACGCUCAAAGGAAUCACGCAAUACUACGCUUACGUGGAAGAACGUCACAAGAUCCAAUGCCUCAACACGUUGUUCAAGAAGCUCAACAUUUGUCAGUCGAUCAUCUUCUGCAACUCGAUGAAUCGCGUGGAACUGCUGGCGAAAACCAUCACUGACCUCGGGUACUCUUGCUUCUACAUUCACGCGAAAAUGCCCCAAGAACACCGCAACCGCGUUUUCUAUGACUUCAGUAAACUCGCAUGUCGCAGCCUCGUGUCCACCGAUCUGUUCACUCGAGGGAUCGAUAUACAAACCGUCAACGUCGUGAUCAACUUCGAUUUCCCGAAAAGUUCAGAAACUUACUUGCACCGCAUCGGCCGUUCCGGUCGUUUUGGCCAUUAUGGUUUGGCCAUCAACUUCAUCACGCCCAAGGAUAGUCACAACCUUAUCAACGUGGAGCGAGAGCUCCAAACGGAAAUCUUCCCGAUUCCCUCGGAAAUCGACAGAAAGCUUUAUGAUGUCGGAUACAUAGAAUAAGCGAUCUGUCGAGUACAACACCGCGCUUUCGACUCACGCGCAUCGCUAAGAGACAUCUUUCAACCGACUCCUGUUCUGUCCUCCUCCUGCUCCUGUUUUAACACAUUUUUUUUGGUCAUUCUCAUGUUCAGCAACGGCGCAUCAAGAGUCCGUAGAGAGGUUCCGCCUGGUUACUCGGCUGUGUAAAAAAUCAAAACGUUGUCAUAGGCUGCGUUCUACGAUUUGCGAACGAAUCAUGUCCCGCAUCUCGGAAAGACGCGUCCUGCUACACGCACAGUCCCCUCGUUUUUUGGUAUAAAGGCCUAUCAGUCGUAAAAAUAAAAAAAAACAUCUAUUUGUUCA